CUAAGAAGACUUUCUCUGCAUGGCCCCUCGCCCACGCAUUUGCAAACCAAAGCCCUGUUAAAGUAGACUACAGGGUACACUAUUCUGCACUGGCCGUCGAUAUGCUCGAGCUGGACCAUCGCCUCGCUCCCGACACUCCUGCAUCCCUCUCGACCAAUCAGAGCGCAGCAUCGUCCCGCCCCUCCCGGUUCCUUGAGAACACGUGAUCCGAAGCGGUCUGGAAACCUGCCGCUCGCCUUCAGUGCGUUAUUGUGGUUCACAGGUACAGAGGAAUGUCCCUCCGCGAGACUCUGACAAACUCACGGCUCUCCGCGAGCGCACGGAGUGAGGACCGAGGACAGUCUCUCUAAGCCGCGCCUCAGUGGAUGUUGUAACUUCGGCAUGUCACUCGAAUGGGAUAUAUGAUUUUUUUUGCCCCACUUCUGUUUCUUAAAAACACCCCUUGCGUCUUUUUAUUCUUGCCUUGUUUUUGAACAUCUCGCUUACCCGCUUCCCUCCCGAUACCAUCCCUCCCCUGUCAUCGCACCCAGACCUCUCUCAUUCGCAUCUGCACCCUCUCGCUUCGGGCGGAUCCUCGCUCCGGUCAUCCAGAAACAACUGCUUCAUGGGGCACACUCCGUCCGUCGGAAAAUGCCCCUCUCUUGGCUUCUAAGCGCAUUGGCAAAGUUGACAACACUAGGACCAGGGCUGUCGUUGCGCGUCUGCGAGCAGCGUCGGGGAACUGAGAUGGGUGUCACGGUGGCGGCGGCCCUAUAUGAGCCCCGAAGUCCGCACCAGUGGAGCCGGAUAGUGGGACACUGGGUAUGGAUUGCAGUCUUGUCCUUUCUCGCCACUUUCCCGGUGCAACAACUUGGCGCUUUCCCGUCCUCACUCAGCGACUGUCAGACUCCGACUGGAUGGAAUUGCUCGGGGGAUGAUGACCGGGACACAGAUCUCUUCCUUUGUGACACCAACACUUGCAAGUUUGAUGGCGAGUGUCUCAGAAUUGGGGACAUAAUAACAUGUAUAUGCAACUUCAAGUGCAACAAUGAUUAUGUUCCUGUGUGCGGCUCCAACAACGAAAACUAUGAAAACGAGUGUUUUCUGCGGAGAGACGCCUGCAAACAGCAGAACGAGAUCCUGGUGGUCUCUGAAGGAUCCUGCCCAGCCGAUGCUGGUUCAGGAUCGGGAGAUGAAGAUGAUGCUCAUAAACACACACUCACUUCCUCUCAGCCUGUCAGCAGUCAUCUGCUCUCCUCCACAAGCCGCCUACUGAAACUGAGAUUCAAUUACACCCACUCACGUAUUGUUCAGAGAAACAGAAUUAUUACACUCUUCCCCCCAAAGUGCAAUGUCUGACUGACAGUAGAACAGUCUGCGGCUCGAGCCGUAUAUUUGCAUCGCUUAAAAUGUGUCACUCUUCUUUGAUUUUAAUCUCUCGCUCUUCCAGUCAACCCUUUUAUUCUUCUCUCUCAACCAAACAGGCUACAUCUGCUAAUUGAGUACUGUAACAUCCCCCUGCAUGCUGCUGCUUAUUGUGGUCUUGUUUUGCUAGCCAUUUCCUGUUUACUAGAUGUGGUCUGUGCUUUUUGCAAAUAGCAGCAGCUUGGUUGGUAUAUGUGUCAUUGGGACAGGGCUAUUUUUCCCUGAGGAGGUUAGGGAAAUUUAUAUUUCACAGUACUUUGUGAUUUGAAUCCUCCGGAGUUUACGGAGAAAUUGAAUCCCAUCCAUAUAAGAAUGUCUGCAAUUGGGGUAUAUUAUUUUGUAGGUGCUUUUUAGUUUGACUUAAAGAAAAUAUUAAUAUUGUAAUAUUUUAAAAUAUUAUUACGAUUUAAUAAUGUAUCAGUUUCUUUAAAAAUACACUACUGACACAGAAUUUUUGGUUUUUAAAUUUAAGUCAGAUUAACACAGAUUUCAUGUGUUAAUAAUUGUACCUUAAAAUCAUAAACAUUGUUUGGAACAAGGAUUUUUUUUUAAUGAAAAAUAGUAGUAGUAUGUUUGAGGCUGUAAGUUAACUGUAAAAAGUACUAUACAUACAAAUUUGAAUCAUAAAUGUUCUCUUCAGGUUGUAUACAAUGCUUUAAUAGUGGGUAGAAAAUAUGUUAUAAUAUUUUCCAGCUAUAUACAAUAAUACUCUAAUAGCUUACUUUGGCUUUAGUUUAGUAACAAUAUAAAAGCUAAUUACUUUGCAAACAACAUGUUUUCUUUAUAAUGUUGCACUUAAGAUUUUAAACUGGUCUUUACAGCUGCCUUUAUAUUUGCCUUGAUAUAUACAGGAGUAGUUUUUCUAAACCAGGCCUUUUCAAAAGUUUGGAGAAAAGGAGAGAACUACUCUUGUUCGAAUAGUGCUUAUGAAGGACUUAACUGAUCAUGAACUUCUCAUUUAACAAGUAUGCCAAUUAAGAAUAUCUAGAUGUUUUGUUAGGAAAAUGGUUUUGUGUUAGUAGAUGAAAGCAAAUGGCUCUCUGCAGACCAGAACAAUAGAGAUAGAGAAAGUGGGGAAGACAAGAUGAUGAGGCAAGAGGAGAAAAUAUGUAUAGAGAGACAAAAGAAGAGUGAUAAGAGACUGGAGAACUGCACAUCGAUAAAAUGAGUGGAGAAAGGAUAGGAGAGGGAAAGAGAAAUGGAGGGCAGAUAAAGAGAAAGAUAAGUAAAGAGGAGGAAGAGAAAGAUGAGGGCGAUAAAGGCUGUGUGAAGGAAGGGAGAAAUGAUUGUGGUUUAUAGAUAGAACAGAAAGAGAGUGAGAAAGAGGGGCAUUUAGGUAAGCACAGCACUAUCGGUGUGAUAAAAAUCAAAUGUAUUUCAAUGGCUGCAGAUAAAUCAUAUGUGUUUCCUACUGGGCAUGCAGGCUGCUGGACACUUAUGGCAAAGCACCGAGAGAAGCCGCCCUGAGGGCCAUGUAACAUCAUCUGCAUGAGAGGCUACAUGCAGAAUAACACGCUUUAGACAAAAACAAUAUAGAGAAACCAGAGAUCAUUAUGGUUGAUGCUAGGAGAUUAGGCUUUUUCUGAUUAUCAGAUAUUUCACAACAGUUGACAUUACUUCUAAUUCUAAUGAAGUUUGUAUAAUGAUUCCCAUCAACAGUGCAUAACAUUGGAUUUUAAUGACUCCAUUUAGUCCUAUUUGGAUGUAUGUUCAAACACACAUCAAGCACUAAUAAAAUAUGUAUUAUAGUAUAUUCAGAAAUAUUGUUUUUGCAUGCAAAAAAUUGUCUAUCAUUGAUACACAGAAUGGUCAUUAAUAGACCUUAAAGGGAUAGUUCACCGAAAAAUGGAAAUGCUGUCAUUAAUUAACUCACCCUCAUGCUGUUCCAAACCUGUAAUACCUUCGUUCAUCUUCGGAACACAAAUUAAGAUAUUUUGGAUAACAUCCAAGAGCUUUCUGACCCUCCAUAGACAGCAAUGUAACUGAAACAUGGAUUUAAAUAUAAAUGAAUAUAAAUCAUUUUUACCUGCAGCACAGAGUCUUUCCCAACCUGCACGUGCAAUAAGGAGCUGCUUCGUCACUGACAAACAAUAGAAGACAUUCGCAAGUUUUGUUUCCUACAAUGGGUUGUUGGUAUUACCCAGCAUUCUUUUUGUUCCUUUUGUACAAAAUAUCCUGUUAUUAUUGCAGUUUGAUAAACCACACAUGACUUUAUCAUAUGUCAAUCCAGUUGACAAGGGAUUUAUCAGUAAAAUUUUACUGGGGCACAGUGGUAUUUCACUGGAGCUCUUGCCCCAGUAAUUUUCACAACUCAUUACUUUCAAAACUGUUUUAUGGAGUUUUUUUACUGAACAGUCAGUAUGUCGUUAAACAACAUCACAAUCCAUCGAAUGCACUGUACUUCUAUGCCUCAUAGCCUUCUUUUCAUUCCUGUCAAAAAUGAAAAAUGGAACCACCAUGACGUAUGGAAAAAGAUGCUGUUUGGAGUCAUGGUAGGUAGCAGGGACUAAUGUGGUCAUGCUAACCAGCCCAACAUUGACCCCUUGUUAACAUUAAAUGGUGUUUUUGUUUUUGUUGUUUAAUUUAGUUUAAUUGCACUCCUAAUGUUUAAAGACAGUCUUGGAAAAGUACUAUAGAGAAACCACCUGAGAAUUGUCUCAUUAGAUCU